AUGAUGGCGAAUGACACAACGCAAGGCUCAAAUGUACCUGCAGCCGUUCAGACGAGCUUCUUGAUCGUAGGAGCAGGUCCUGCAGGUGCUUCACUUGCCAGCUUCCUGGCAUCAUAUGGCCUGACUGGCAUUGUUAUUUCCGCCGCUUCAGGAACAGCCAAAGAACCUCGUGCUCACAUCACGAAUGCCGCUGCGCUUGAAUGUCUGAGAGAUAUCGGUCUCGAAGACGAAGCAAAGAGAAACGCCACUCCUGGAGACUGCAUGCAGCAUACCCGUUGGUGCCACGACAUAGCUGGAGAAGAAUAUGCUCGGAUUUACAGUUGGGGUAAUCAACCUGACAGAAAAGGUGACUAUGAUGCCGCAUCACCUUGCCGUCACGUCGAUUUGCCACAGACACUCCUCGAGCCAAUCCUAGUUCGACACGCUCUGGCAAAUAAGUGGACCGUACGUUUCGAUACCUCCUUGAUCGAAUUCAAGAGAGAUUCGCCCACUGGUAUCAUCACGUCCACUUUAAAAGACAAUCUCACCGGGCAAUGCUAUACCAUUGAAUCAAAGUACUUGAUCGGCUGCGAUGGCGCCCGGAGCCAAAUCAUGAAGCAGCUGGAUAUGCCAUUGCUGAAAAAGCCGGGCCAAGGUCUUGCUAUUAACGUUCUUGCUGAGGUGGACUUGACCAAGUAUUUGAAGACUCGAGUGGGAAAUCUUCAUUAUAUCGUUACGCCGGAGAUGGAGCAUCCACCUUGGGGUUGGGCGUGCGUUUUGAGGAUGGUGAAACCAUGGCAUGAGUUCAUGUUCAUCAUACUCCCUGAACCAGGAUUUGAAGACCUCCGAGUACGCCCAAGCAACGAGGAAUACUUGAAACGCCUGCGAGAGUUUGUUGGUGACGACUCUAUUGACAUUAAAAUCAAAGACGUUUCCAAGUGGUACAUUAAUGAGAUUGUGGCCGAGAGAUAUUCGGAUGGUAACGUGUACUGCCUCGGAGAUGCUGUACAUCGUCAUCCUCCGUUCAAUGGGCUUGGGAGCAACACUUGCGUGCAAGAUGCCUUCAACCUAGCGUGGAAGCUUGCUUAUGUAGAGCGCGGCCAAGCCGACCCGACUUUGCUGGAUUCAUUCUCCGCCGAACGUCAACCCAUUGGAGCCGGUGUGAUCGCGCGAGCAAACCAAGGUCUUCGCGACCAUGGACCAGUCUGGUCAGCGCUCGGUGCUCUCUCCAAGGACGUCGAGCAGCGCAAACGCGAGCACGCCGAGCUUUCAGCCCCGACGGAAGCAGGCAAGGCGCGAAGAAAGCGUUUGAACGWGGCCAUUGCAUACUGUGCGCACGAAUUUGGUGGCAUUGGGAUUGAAAUGGGUCAGCGAUACGAAUCAAGCGCCGUAUACAAGAAAGACGAAGCGCUGCCUCAGAGAGCUCCACCAGAGGAUCCUGUUCUGUACCAUGACAUUACUACAUAUCCUGGCUCAAGACUGCCACAUGCAUGGCUUAAUAAGAGAUGUCCUGAACAACCGAUUAGCACAAUCGAUUUGGCUGGGCAUGGUGCUUUCUGUCUGCUCACGGGCGUCGGAGGCCAGUCUUGGAAGGACGCAGCCGCCGAGACAAGUCGAAGUCUGGGUAUCACCAUCAACUCAUACAGCAUUGGGUGGAAGCAAGAUUGGGAGGACGUGUAUGGGGAUUGGGAGAGACGGAGAGAGAUUGAAGAGGACGGCUGCGUCUUGGUUCGUCCAGAUCGAACGGUUUGUUGGAGAAGCAUGACCAUGCGCGAAGAUUGCCAGGCAGCUCUCCUGCGAGUACUCGGUUCGGUACUUGGGCGGGCAAACUGA